AUGAUCCGGAUGGACAAAAAGGUUCAAGAUCGGACAGUGAAGAUUCUCCUUCUUGGCGCUGGUGAAUCCGGCAAGUCCACCAUUAUUAAGCAAAUGCGAAUUAUCCACUCAGGCGGCUUCCCAGAAGACGAACGACGACAAAAUCGGGCUGUCAUUUACUCUAACAUGGUGGUUGCGUUCAAAGUCCUGUUGGAUAUUAUGAAAACGGAACAAAUUGACUUCGAGAACGAAGAGACAAAGGCAUCCUCUCGCCGAGCUAUUGAGUACUACAGAUCCGGAUAUAAAGGUGUACAAAAAGCCGUUUCCCGAGGACACGAAUUUGCACUCCAUGAUAAUCUUCAAUACUAUUUCAAAUCUCUCGAGCGCGUGUUUGCCCCUGGGUGGCUACCCAACAACCAAGACAUGCUCCAUUCCCGACUCCGAACUACCGGUAUCACAGAAACUUUAUUUGAAUUGGGCCAAAUAAAUUUCCGAAUGAUGGACGUUGGAGGUCAACGAUCAGAACGGAAAAAGUGGAUUCAUUGCUUUGAAGGAGUGCAAUGUCUUUUAUUCAUGGUUGCUAUGUCAGGUUAUGACCAAUGCCUUGUUGAAGAUCAGAAUGCGAAUCAAAUGCACGAGGCGAUGAUGCUUUUCGAAUCCUUGGUAAACGGCGAGUGGUUCAAACGGAAGCCGGUGAUCCUGUUUCUCAACAAAAUAGAUCUCUUCAAGGAAAAGAUCGCUAUAUCUCCAGUAUCCAAACACUUCCCAGAUUACCAAGGCCCGGAAGGCAGUUUUGAACCGGCCGUCAAAUUCUUUGCACAACGCUUCCGCGGUAUCACUCGAGUCCCCGAACGGGAAAUCUACAUCCACCAGACGAACGCAACGGACACCAACCUCCUAAAAGCCACAAUGGACUCAGUGCAAGACAUGAUUAUCCAGAAGAACCUUAACAACUUGAUUCUGUAG